UCCAAGUGCGCACGACCCGUCUGCAGCAGCGCUCCGCAGACCGCCUGCCAGGCAUCUGGAUACUCUGCGUUCAUUUCUGGAAGCGCCGCUUUCCGCUCAGUCACCCCCAACAGGUGGAUUAAGACGAAUGGGCAUGCACAUCGGUGGAAAUUAACCCCGCGGGUUAAACUGGAGAUGUUGCAGAACCAGGUGCAUUCUACCUUGGAAACUCGUGGCUCUUUUUCUUCCGCAUGAUUUUUUUUUUCCACCUUCUUCUUCUUGUUUUGCGCGGUGUACUGAAUGCAGUGUCUGGACGCGCAUUAAGACCGAAUGGAAAUAAAAACGCACCGGAUCAGGAUGUACUCCGAAGUGCGGCUAAGUGUUCAAAAAACAAGAGUGGAGGAUGCAGCCUGAAGCAGAUAAACAGGUUAAAGACGAACUGGCGCCUGAAGGCACUAAGAUAUCAUCAAGGAGGCGCUUCAUAUAAAUCCACAGCUGCACAUCAGCUCUGAAUUUAAGAAGUUGAAGUGAACAUUUUUUAUGCUGCUUUCCAAAGGAAGAACCUUGAUCUUCAUGGUCGAAGUCCCAAUGCUCAACAACCCAAAGUGUAAAGUCCCUCAGCCUAGCAGCAGUUGUAGCAGUGUUAGCAGGGUGCCGGUACGCUGAAGCCUUGGGAGAUGUCACAGCUGUAUUACCGGAGGACUGACAGCUCUUCAUACCGGGACCGCAUCCCAUUGCGAAUUGUGCGGGCUGAGUCGGAGCUGUCACCUUUGGAAAAAGCCUACCUCGGAGCUGUGGAGAAGGGGGACUACGCCAGCGUCAAACAAGCCCUGGAGGAGGCGGAGAUCUACUUCAAGAUCAACAUCAACUGCAUUGACCCCCUCGGCCGCACGGCUCUGCUUAUUGCCAUUGAGAAUGAGAAUCUAGAAAUCAUCGAACUCUUGCUGAGCUUCAAUGUCUACGUUGGUGAUGCCCUGCUUCACGCUAUCCGCAAGGAAGUGGUGGGAGCCGUGGAGCUGCUGCUAAAUCAUAAGAAACCCAGUGGAGGCAUGCAGGUCCCUCCUAUCUUAUUGGACAAGCAGUACUCCGGCUUCACCCCUGACAUCACUCCCAUCAUCCUGGCUGCACACACCAAUAACUAUGAAAUUAUCAAGCUUCUGGUGCAGAAAGGUGUGUCUAUGCCACAGCCACACGAGGUGCGUUGCAACUGUGUGGAGUGUGUGUCCAGUUCAGACGUGGACAGCCUGCGGCACUCUCGGUCUCGCCUGAACAUCUACAAAGCCCUGUCGAGCCCCUCAUUAAUAGCGCUCUCGAGCGAGGACCCCUUCCUCACCGCGUUCAGGCUCAGCUGGGAGCUGCAGGAGCUCAGCAAGGUGGAGAAUGAGUUCAAAUCUGAGUAUGAGGAGCUCUCGCAGCAGUGUAAAGAGUUCGCUAAAGACCUCCUGGACCAAACGAGGAGCUCCAGAGAGCUGGAAAUGAUCCUUAACUACCGAGACGAUGCCAACUUAUUGGAAGAGGAGGGCAACAACGAUCUUGCAAGACUCAAACUAGCGAUCAAGUACCAUCAAAAAGAGUUUGUAGCUCAGCCAAAUUGUCAGCAGCUUCUGGCGUCCAGGUGGUACGAUGAGUUUCCCGGCUGGAGGCGGCGCCACUGGGCCGGGAAGUUCAUCACUUGUGUUUUCAUUGGCCUCCUCUACCCUGUUUUUGCCCUCUGGUACCUCAUCGCUCCCAAGAGUCGCUAUGGCAACUUUAUCCGCAAGCCCUUCAUCAAGUUUAUCUGCCAUACUGCAUCAUACCUGACCUUCCUGUUCCUACUGCUGCUCGCUUCUCAGCACAUUGUCACCACAGAACAAGACAGGCAGGACCGACAGGGCCCUCCACCGACCACUGUGGAGUGGAUGAUACUACCAUGGGUACUGGGAUUUAUUUGGGCGGAGAUCAAGCAAAUGUGGGACGGUGGUUUCCAGGACUACGUCCAUGACUGGUGGAACCUUAUGGACUUUGUCAUGAACUCUCUGUACCUGGCCACCAUCUCCCUGAAGAUUGUCGCCUACACCAAGUACAGUGGUACUAAACCCAGGAACCAGUGGGAAAUGUGGCACCCAACGUUAGUAGCUGAGGCAGUGUUUGCUAUAGCGAACAUAUUUAGUUCCCUGCGCCUCAUCUCCCUCUUCACAGCUAAUUCCCAUCUGGGGCCUCUGCAGAUUUCACUUGGGCGAAUGCUGCUGGAUAUUCUGAAGUUCCUUUUUAUUUACUGUCUGGUUCUCCUGGCCUUCGCUAAUGGGCUUAACCAGCUAUACUUUUAUUAUGAGACAAAGGCUUCAGAAGAGAAAGGAAAAUGCAAAGGGAUCCGCUGUGUAGAGCAGAAUAACGCUUUCUCUUCGUUAUUUGAAACCCUGCAAUCCCUUUUCUGGUCUAUCUUCGGGCUGAUCAGCCUCUAUGUGACCAAUGUGGAUCCGGACCACCAGUUCACUGAAUUUGUUGGUGCCACCAUGUUUGGUACAUACAACAUCAUUUCCCUGGUGGUGCUCCUCAACAUGCUCAUUGCCAUGAUGAACAACUCCUACCAGCACAUUGCUGACCAUGCAGACAUUGAGUGGAAGUUUGCCAGGACAAAGUUGUGGAUGAGUUACUUUGAGGAGGGGGCCACUGUUCCAGCCCCUUUCAACAUAAUCCCGAGCCCCAAAACAUUCUGGUACCUCAUGUGCUGGAUCAAGAGACAAGUGUGUAAGAGGACACAGUCUAAGAGAACCGAAAGCCUUGGAACUCUUGGAAGACGAGCAGCGGAGAAUGUGAGGCUAAACCUUCAAUAUCAGGAGGUAUUAAGGAACCUGGUAAAACGUUAUGUUGCUGCAAUGAUCAGAGAUGCUAAGACAGAGGAAGGCCUGACUGAGGACAACUUCAAGGAACUAAAGCAAGAUAUUUCCAGCUUCCGUUAUGAGGUGAUGGGCAUGAUGAAGACAGGAAAGCCUGCUCUACAGGGUGCAAUAGCCAAUGGCAGUUCUGUGGAAUCCACCCUGGCUUAUCCAAAUUCCUCGCUCAAGAUUUCUCCUGGCCUUCCGGCCAGCCACACAAAAAACAAGCUCAACCGAUUCAAGAUCACCGCAUCCAUCCUUAAACAAAGCAGUUCUCUAGCUUCACCCAGGCCCUCUGAAGCAUCCAACGGUCUUCCUAAUGGACUGUUGGCCUCAGAUGAGGGCUGCAGCGAAUCUUCGAGCCAGUGGAGAAACUGCUCCAAAGAUAUUAGCGAAAUUAGUUUGUUUCAGAAACGCCACUGGAGCAGCAAAGAAGUCCCAUUAAGGUCAAGCAAGAAUUUGAGAGAGAUGUACUCUCUCUCAGAGGAGGCAGGGGAGUCAGGGGGCUCAGAGAUGGAAGAGCAGAGCAAAGACCUUAUGGCCAAGGUUAAGGUUGAAGAAGAACUACUCAUGAAUAAAUUUGUGGAGUUUCCAGAUAAUAAAAAAGAGUUAAACAUUAACAGCAGCCUUGAAUGUGAAGGUAAACAAACUGAAGAAGAGGUAGAAAAUGCAGGGUCCCCAAUAAAGGAAGGAUGAGACAUGAAUAUACAUAUAGUGCCUUGCAAAAGCAUUCGUGUUCCAUAAAUUCUUUCAUGUGACAGUCACAAAUCUGUGUAUCUGUUAAAACCUUAUGUGAUAAACCAACAUACACCACAUAAUUAUGAAGUGUGAUGUGCUUUUGUAUUUAGGCCCUUUUCUCAAAUAUCCCUAAAUAAAAUCCAGUUGCCUUCAGAAGGAACCUAAUUACUUAACAGAGGACAUAUCUGUGUUAUUAAAUUUCAGCAUGAAUUCUGCUGUUCGGUGAAGGUCUUACAUUCCAGCUAAACUGACUGACCCGGCAAGAAGAGCAUUGUUCAGAGAGGUAGCCAAGAGGAGCUACAGAGCUCCACAACUCAGGUGAGAGAAUGGUGACAGGACAACUAUUUGCCAUGUACUUCACAAGUCUGGCCUUUAUGGAGGAGUCGCAAGAACAAAACUUGUUGGGUGAAAGCGAUAAAGACUCCCAUUUCAAGAUUUGCAACAAUCCAUGUAGGGGAUACAGCAACCAUGUUAAAGAUGGUGCUCUGGUCAGCUGAAAUGAAAACUGAACGUUUUGCCCUACAAAAAAAGUUUGUGCAUCGAUGAAAACUUGCGCUAUACAUCACCCUCAAUACACCCAAUACGCCAUCAUGCUGUGAGGUGGGCUUUUCUUCAGCUGUUUCUGCUGGCACCACUUCACAACAACAUCCUACUUUGUGUUGGUCUGUCAUAUUAACUGUAUAAAAAAUAUAUAGAAGUUUGUGGCUGUAACAUAAACUGUAAAUAAAAAUCAGGGAGUAUUAAUAUUUUUGCAAGGCACUGUACUCAGAACUACAGGUGAAGUUUUACUGAAGACAGGAGUGACAAUCAGAGCUAGUUUCAGCAGAGAACGUUUGCCAUGACUUUUGCAGAGUCUAACUUUUCCAGUUGUUGCUAAACUAACGAUUAGCUUUGAUCUUUGGAGAUUUGGAACGGCUUGUAGUUGAAGUGAUUUGGAUCAGCGGAGGAUAUGCAGCAAAGGUGACUGAACUCAUGUGUGAGCAUGCCGAGGAUUAACAUGUGCCGAUAUGAUCAUUUCAUCUUAUCUCUUCCUUACAGAUGAUCGAAAAGUAAUUAUUUUCCAAAACAAACCAUUCACUUUGUAAUUCUCCUUUAUUUCCCUUGUCUUUAUCGGGAAUGUGCAUUUUGUUCAAACUAUCUUGUUUACCCUCUCCUUAUACAAUCUCUCUACCUCUUUUCCUUUCCUGUUUAUCUCUGGACAACUUUACCUUCCUGCAUCUCCCUUAUCUCACUAGAGCAAUAGAUGUGUUGUUUUCAACCUGACUUUUUGCCUUACACUGUCUGUUUCUGCACUUUAGACAAUUUAAAACGGCAUUCAGUCUUUCACAGAUGUGUCGAGCUCUCAUCAUGCACACAUUUUGUCAAUGUUUUUCUAUGCAAAAAAAACUUGGAUUGUUAUUCAUGUCGUUCUGACGGGCAGACCUCUGCGCCGCCGGUUAAUUCUCUUAUCUAGAACACAAAAAAAUGUGAACACAACCUAUCAGCCAUUUCAGACAACACAUUUCUCAAGUCUCAUCACUUAAGCAGAAAAGUAACAUGUUAUUUUGAUAGGAUAUUAUGUUUUUAAGAUGUAUGUUAGUUUACAUUAAUGGAGAUCAUUUAAAACAAGCCAAAAUAAUAAAAUAUUCUCUUUA